AGGCUAACCAGGCACGUCGCACACGCACGCGCACGUUCACGGGGUACGGUGACUCAGCAGAUUCGAAUCGUGUACACGUGAUUAAUAGAGUGCGGAAGCAAAGUGUGCAGUUGUUACUUUGUGUGGUGGGUGUGUGUUGCGAGCAAAUUUCUACCAUUUCUACAGACAGAUUCGGUUUGUUGAGCCUUACUCGUUCAAGAUGGUGAAUCUUGGAGACACUUUCCCCAACUUUGAGGCCGAAACGAGCGUGGGGAAAAUCAAAUUCCAUGAAUGGCUUGGAGAGAGCUGGGGCAUCUUGUUCUCCCACCCUGCUGACUACACCCCGGUCUGCACCACAGAGUUAAGCAGGGCUGCCAGCCUGGCCGGCGAAUUCGCCAAGAGGAACGUCAAAAUGAUUGCUCUCUCUGUGGAUGAUGUUGAUAGCCAUGUUGGAUGGAUUAAGGACAUCCAGUCCUACAGCGGCCAGAGCGGGGAAUUCCCAUUCCCCAUCAUUGCUGACAACCGUGACCUGGCCGUCAAAUUCGGCAUGCUGGACCCAGAUGAGAGAGACAAGGCUGGCAUGCCCCUGACCGCACGCUGCGUGUUCAUCAUUGGACCUGACAAGAAACUCAAGCUGUCCAUUCUGUAUCCCGCCACCACUGGCCGCAACUUUGAUGAGAUUCUGCGUGUCGUGGAUUCCCUGCAGCUGACUGCUACCAAGAAGGUGGCCACACCUGUUGACUGGAAGGAAGGCGGAGAUUGCAUGGUCAUACCUUCUGUGAAACAAGAGGAGGUGGCUCAACUCUUCCCCAAGGGGGUGACAGUGAAACCAGUCCCCUCGGGCAAGAGCUACCUUCGAAUCACCCCUCAGCCGUAAUGGAGUGUCCCAGGACUCCAGCCCAGUAAAGACAGGGUCCAUGAUGUAUUACAAAUGAGUUGGGUCACUAUUUUCGAGGCUGCAUUGCAGUCCCACCAAAUGUUUUGUCUCCGAGGUCAUCGCUAAUUUCUGUGAAGUGUCUGAAAAUCUGUCACAUAUAUAUUCUCAUCAUGUGUGAUUAAUACAAGUUUAGUUACUAAUGUAUGAUAACGUUCAGAUGAACUUGUGGUGGUUUUUUUUUUGGUAGAUCAUUAAGAUUUCUCUAGCAUGGUACUGUUGCCUCUACACACAUGUAAUCGUAUUUCUAUAUAUUUUUGUAAAUUAUAACCACAGCACAGCUAAUUUCUAGCCAGCUUGAUUUCAGUGAUUUAAAGCAUGAGAGCUAUAACACUUCAAGAGAAAUCUUGCAAAGUUAGUAAUUGUUACCAAAGCAUACUGAAGUUGAGGUGAGUGUUUGCCUAUGCAGGAUGUAUUUUUUAAACAGUACUUCAAUGAAAAUGAUAGACAUUUCCCAGUAAAUUACUUUCAUUGAAAUGAUUUGAUGUGAUUACAAGAUCUAAAUCAGCAACAAGUAACCUAAAUAUUGAAUUAAACCACAAAGUCAUGUGGAUUUAGACUAACUUUGAUUUAUCCUGUGAAAGUGUUCUCGUCACGGUCCAUCUUAAAUUGUUCUGUAAAAGUCAACUUGUCUAGUUACCAGUAGACAUUUUUGAAAAACAAAUGGGUUUUAUCACCAAGUUCUGCAGCCUGGUGUUAUUUUCCUUUCACACUGUACAGGGUCAAAAUAUAUUGUUUCCUCUUGACUUGCAUUCCUCAGUUGCCAAGGUUAUAGCAGAGAUUAAGUAUACACGUUGUUAUGCAUCUUUAUUGGAGUUUUUGUGACUACUCAGUUGACCAAAACUUCAUUUCAUAAAAUAAAUAUGGCUCGGUGCUGAGAACAUAUGAAA